GACCUGAACUGCAAGGGAAGAACAGCUACCGUGUUCAUGAUCUUCUCUUGGACUUUGCACGAGGAAAGCUUCGCGAUACAAUAAUCGAAGUUCAAUACACGUUUCUUGAAGCGCUUCGUUCUCAAUGUGUGAAUGAAGAAUGGGCGAAAUUUCAAGGCAAUAAAGAGUAUCACUUUAGGUACGCAAUCCUUCAAAUACACUAGAAAUAUAUCAGUUUGGAGUAGGCACAUCGCAUGUUUACUAGAAUAAACUGGUUUAGCAUUAAAUUGAAAUUAAUUUAAAAUCGUAAUCACCUUCCUAGCUUGCAGUCUUUUUUUGUGUUGAUGUUCUAGUAGAGCUGAUCACCUGUCCGUAUUUAUUUAUUUAUGUUUAUAUUAUGUAUUUAUUUGUUUAUUUAUUAUUAAAUUUUGCCACAAUUGUUAAAUCAGGUCAGCUAGACGCACAUAAUUCUGAUUAUUAUUAUUGUUACUAGGUAUUUACCCUAUCACCUACACUCGUCCGAGCAAUAUGGAGAACUACUUAAACUGUUCUUUGACUUUCAUUGGCUGCAACAGAAAGUAAAAGAGACAAAUUUGCCAUCUUUAAUUUCCGAUUUCCGUUUCUUGGGUACGGCUUCGCACGAAAUUAAACUGCUCAAAUCGUCGUUAAUGUUAUCUGCUGACGUCAUCGAGAAAACGCCCGAUUCUAUGGGUCCGCAACUGUUAGGUAAUAGUGAGCUUAAGCAAGCGACGUUUUUGUCAACCCGGACGUAACCCGAAAAUUGGUGUGUCUAAUUUUGGCGGCAUGUUAUCAUAGCGCUCGUGUAAGGAAGCAGAAAUCUUAUGUUUUGUCAUAUGUGUUGAAGAUUACCACAAACUGAUACAAACACAGUUUUCAAUUUUAUUUUUUUUAAUCCAGUCCCCUCGGCAAUCUGACGUUCGUGUUGACAAAAACGUCGCUUGCUCAAGCUCGCUAUAAUUCAAAUCAUAUACCGUAGUUUGCCGAAUAAAACUUGGGUUAGCUUCUCUUCUCUAAUCUUAAUACUAGUGCCCUAAAAUGUUCUUCCUAUAGAGUCCAGUAAAUUAAAGGUCAUCUCAGUCUUACUGAUCCAGUGUUACUAGCGAAGGAAACCUAAACUAAAUUAACUUUAGUUGAAUUAGACUGUGUCUGUGGAGGUACAUAACGGUCAAUUCUUUUUCAUGCGGUCAUUACUGCAAAAGGAAUUCUAAACUGAAGGUCAAGCUUGGGUAACUCUAUCACCAAGAAUAUUAAAACAGCAAUAUCUCACCCAUACUAAUACUGAUGUAUUUUUGCAGGUAGAUUGCUAUCUUCUGCCAACGAACACCCAACUGUGAACGCCCUUAUAAAACGCGUUCGUGAAUCGUGUACAAAGACUUGCCAUAUUUUACCACUCUUUUCUUGCCUCUCCGAACCCGUUGGGCCACUGAUCAAGAUAUUUAGAAAGCAUACUGAUAAAGUACUAGCAUUACUGACGUCUGUUAGUUCAACUGGGACCACUGUUAUUUCUGCAUCAACAGACCGUUCAAUCAAGAUUCAUGAACUAGAAACGG